AGCUUUUUUUAUGGUAGUUCUCUUUUUAAUUUUGGUUCUCACACCGUUGUUAAGUGUAUCCUUAGACGGUAUACAGAAAUAUUCGAAAUAUUUCGUGAAAUCCGUGCGAUAUCUGAAUUUCUUUGGAAUUGCAGACAUAUUUUUAACAUUCUGUACCGGAGUGUACGUACACCAAACAAGAAAAGUGGUAUUGGACCCAAAAAUUGUGGCAAAGAAAUAUGUACUUGGGUAUUUCUUUGUGGAUUUGUUAUCGUCUUUUCCCUUUGGAAUGACCAAGGAAGCCGCUUUCAAAAAGUCCAGCUUAACAUAUCAGGUGCUUUCGUUUGCACCUUUUAUAAGAAUUCUCCGAGUCGCCAAUCUUAUGAAAUAUAUAGACAGAUUUCGAGAUUGGCGUCACCACAGUUAUUAUAAAGUCAAAGUUAUCAAAUUGUUCAUAAUUUUUGUGCUUCUCGUAAUGUGGAGUUCAAGUGUAAUGUACAGGGUGGCUUUUCACGGAAAAUCGAACUGGCUCCUGGAGGGUAAUAUAAUCCGAAAUUUGGCUUUGUCUAUAUUAAAGGCCGUGUACGAUUUGGUCCACGUCGGAAGUGAUAUUAACAAUUCCAACAAAGUUGGGGACAUAAUUGUCAGCAUAGUCUGUAUAAUUGUUGGAUUUGUGUUCAAUUUAUUCGUUGUCGGUAAGGGCAUGUAAAAUUACUUUUUAGAAAUAUAUGUGUACGUGUAAAUUUUUGAAACUUUCUUAUAAUUAUCACCGCGCGCUUUUGAGUGAUAGUCCAGGAUGCCUGGUACAUUUUUUCACUUGAUGGUCUUGUGGUAUUAACAAU